UUGCGCUGUUGAAGCUAAAUUUUUGAGAAUGCCGAUUAAAGCAUCUGGAGAAACGUUGAGGCAAUACAUCGUUAUUGGCCGUAAACUUCCUACAGAGAAUGAGCCAAAUCCAAAGCUCUACAAAAUGCAAAUUUUUGCCAGUAAUCAUGUUGUUGCGAAAUCGCGUUUCUGGUACUUUACUAGUAUGUUGCGUCGUGUAAAGAAGACUAAUGGAGAGAUUGUUUCGUGCCAAGAGGUUUUCGAAAAGAAGAUAGGAUCUGUAAAGAAUUAUGGAAUUUGGCUUCGUUAUGACUCUCGAACCGGUCAUCACAACAUGUACCGCGAAUACCGUGAUGUGACAAUGGCUGGUGCUGUCACUCAGGCUUAUCGCGACAUGGGUGCUCGUCAUCGUGCUCAAGCCGAUCGAAUCCAAAUAAUCAAAGUUCAACCGAUCAAGGCUGCCGAUUGCAAGCGUACUGGAGUUAAACAGUUCCACAACUCUUCAAUCAAGUUUCCUUUGCCGCAUCGUGUGAAUGACAAACGUCGAAAGAUGACUCCGUUUACGACACAGAAGCCGAAGACACAUUUUGCUUGA